CUUGUGUUUUAAAAUAUGAAAUUUGUUAUUAAAGUUCAACAAACGUUUUUUAAAAGUUAGUCCAACUGCUUUGAGGUUGAAGAAGUUAGUGCCCAAACUUCUGACAGCUUUUCUCCAACAGGGUCAGCUGGACAUGGAGGGCGCCCUGACUGCCAGGGACCGAGUUGGAAUCCAGGACUUUGUCCUUCUGGAAGAGACCAACGAGGCAGCCUUCAUCAGCAACCUAAAAAAACGUUACAGCAAAGACCUAAUCUACACAUACAUUGGCACAUUAUUGGUGUCUGUCAAUCCCUAUAAGGAGUUGGAUAUCUACAACAAGAAGCAGAUGGACACCUACAUGGGAGUCAACUUUUUUGAACUUCCACCACACAUCUAUGCGUUGGCAGAUAAUGCCUACCACACCAUGCUGACUGAGUUCAACAAUCACUUCAUUCUCAUCUCUGGUGAGAGUGGAGCAGGAAAAACUGAGGCCUCCAAGAAGAUCCUGCAGUUUUAUUCUGUUAGCUGUCCCAGCACCACCCUAAUGAGCACCGUCAGAGACAAAAUGCUCAUGUCCAACCCUGUUCUGGAGGCUUUUGGGAACGCCAAAACACUGAAAAAUAACAACUCAAGUCGGUUUGGAAAAUACAUGGAUAUUCAGUUUGACAGCCAGGGGGAUGCUGUUGGAGGCCACAUUCUGAACUACCUGCUGGAGAAAUCAAGGGUUGUACAUCAGAAUCACGGAGAGAGAAACUUCCACAUCUUCUAUCAGCUUGUGGAGGGAGCAUCAGACAGUUUGCUACAGCAGCUGGGGUUGGAAAGAGACUGCCAACAUUACAACUACCUGACCCAAGGGGAGUGUGCCACUGUCCCAUCCAUUAAUGACAAAAAUGACUGGAAAUCGGUCAAAAAUGCCCUACAAGUCAUUGAAUUUGAUGAGGUCAACACAAAACACUUGUUUGAGGUUGUUGCAAGUGUUCUACACUUGGGGAAUGUUCAGUUUGACACUGACAAUCGAGAUCGAGCCCUUUUGAACGACAACACUGAGCUGCAGUGGGUUUCCAAACUUCUGGGUGUGGAUGCCCACAGUCUUCAGGAGGAACUUACAUUUAGGAAAAUUGAAGCCAAACAGGAGCAGGUUCUCAGUCCCUUCACAACAGAUCAUGCCAUUUAUGGCAGAGAUGCUCUUGCUAAAGCUAUUUAUGGACAGACGUUCACCUGGUUGGUGCACAGGAUCAACGAUUCCACCGAAAACAAGGACGCCUCAAAGAAAACCGUUAUAGGACUAUUGGAUAUAUAUGGAUUUGAAGUCUUUUAUGUCAACAGUUUUGAGCAAUUUUGUAUCAACUACUGCAAUGAGAAGCUGCAGCAGCUUUUCAUCCAGCUGACUCUCAAAGCUGAGCAAGAUGAAUAUGAAGCAGAGGGAAUUGAGUGGGAACCGGUUCAGUUCUUCAACAACAAGAUUAUCUGUGAUCUGGUUGAAGAAAAACACAGAGGAAUCAUAUCAUUACUGGAUGAAGAGUGUCUUAGGCCGGGCGAUGUCACUGAUCUCACCUUUCUGGAGAGGUUGGAAGAAAAAAUGGGAAAUCAUCCACACUUUGUCACACACAGACUGGCUGACAAAACCACACGCAGGACUCUGGAGAGAGGAGAUUUCCGGCUCCUGCAUUAUGCAGGAGAGGUCACAUACUGCGUUGUGGGCUUCCUUGACAAAAAUAACGACCUGUUGUACAAAAACAUAAAAGAUUUGAUGUGUCAGUCCAAAAAUGCCAUUGUCAGCGAGUGUUUCUCCAACAUGGACAGAGGCAACAAACGAAGACCAGAAACGGUAAAUUCCGUCAUCUCAUAUCCUCCUGAUCAAUUCAGCUUAAUCAGUCACUUAGACCAACUUCAGGUUAUUAUGACCUUUAUGCUGUAUCUUCAGGUGGCGACUCAGUUUAAGAGCAGCCUGCUGAAGCUGACAGAGAUGCUCAUGGCCAAACAGGCCUGGUACAUUCGCUGUCUGAAGUCCAACGAGUCCAAGCAGCCAGGUCAGUUUGAUGAAGCACUCAUCAGGCACCAGGUGAAGUACUUGGGCCUGAUGGAGCAUCUUAGAGUCAGGCGAGCUGGAUUUGCAUACCGGCGCAAAUAUGAGGACUUCUUAAAAAGAUAUAAGCCUCUUUGCCCAGCCACCUGGCCACACUGGAGGGGAUUUCCAUCUGAUGGGGUGGAGGUGCUGGUUCAACAUUUGGGCUACCUGCCAGAUGAAUACAAAAUGGGACGCACCAAAAUAUUCAUUCGUCAUCCUCGAACACUUUACGCUACAGAGGAUGCUUAUGAGAGAUGUAAACACGAACUGGCAACGCGCCUGCAGGCCAAAUACAAAGGAUACAAGGCAAAGGGAGAAUUCAAAAAGCAAAAGGAGGCCGCCACUAAAAUAGAAAGUUGCUGGAGAGGAACCCAGGCCAGGAAGGAGAGAGAGAAGAGAGAAUGGGCAAUAAAGGUCAUUAAAAAGUUUAUUAAUGGUUAUUUGAACAGAGGGGAGGCGAAAACCACAGAUAACUCUGAAUACUUGGCCUUUGUGAGACAAAGUUACUUGAACAGACUCAGAGGCAAUCUACCAAAGACAGUUUUGGAUAAAACCACCUGGCUGACUCCACCCUCCGUGGUCAAAGAGACCUCAGAGAUUUUGCGUAAGCUGCACUACCGUCUGAUGGUGAGGAAAUAUGUGAGAGGACUCACACCUCAGAGGAAGGCACAACUUCAACUGAAACUUGUCACCAGCACCAUUUUUAAAGGCAACAAGGACAGCUAUCCGCAAAGUGUCCCUCAGCCUUUUUUGGAGACAAGAAUAAGUGACCAAGAAAUCAACCCAAAAAUUCUGCAGACAAUCCGCAACGAGCGGAUUAAGUACAGUGUUCCAGUCAUUAAAUAUGACAGAAAUGGCUUCAAACCAAGACCCAGGCAGCUCAUCCUCACUCAGACUGCUGCCUAUCUGAUUGAGGAAUCCAAGGUCAAACAGAGAUUGGUGUAUGCGUCUCUUAAAGGGAUUUCAGUCAGUAACUUGACAGAUGGAAUUAUUGUUCUGCAUAUCAGCAGUGAAGACCCAAAACAAAAGGGGGAUCUGGUUAUCCAGUGUGACCAUCUGUAUGAGUUCUUGACCAAACUCUGCGUCAUUGCUAACAAACAGAGCGCAGUCCGAAUCGUACAGGGAAGCAUAAAGAUUGAAAUCCAGGCAGGAAAGGAAAGUGCAGUGGACUUUAGCACUGGGCAGGAAGCCAUGGUAUACAAAGCCAAAAAUGGACAUCUUAUGGUGGUUGCCACUCGAGCAAGGGUGAGGUAGGUGUGUGCAUCUGAAGAAGAAACUCAAGGAGCCCCUGCAUAUUUAAUCAGGAGACCCCUUGGCAGAUGAUCAACACCUGACCACAGAUACCUGGAGGAUCCAAUUUGAGUAAUUUGUUUAAAAAGAGCUCAUUUGUCAGCAAUAAAUUUGAUUGAAUACCUUUUUCCAUGUGUGGUAACACAUUACAUGAAACAAUUAUAUGCAAGUGCUUGGAACUAGAAUAAGCGCAAGUGUCCGCUCUGUGAUGCCCGUAAAUUGAUGAUUAAUCCAGAAAGUAACGCGCUUUGAGAUUGGCUUCCAGGUGGUACUAAACCCUCAGCUGGUUUAAAUGAGUAUGAAACACUGAUACUUGCCAAAAACACGAGACAAAACCAACAACAAGUUUUAAAAAUGUUUCUUUCCCCAAAUCCAACUGUAAUCAUCUGAAAUGUUCAUUUAUAGAAUAAACAUUACAAUUUAAAACAAAAUUCUUUGUACAAAUUUAUUCAAUAUAAGGUAUAAAUAUAAAACACACACUUGAGUUCAUUUUUGUACAACCUACUUGUGAGAACUGCAAUGAGACAUUUUAACUUCAACCUUUAGUUUGCAAACAAUACAUUUUUUGAUGAAUGCAAUGAUGAAAGCCGGGUCUAAUUUCCCUCCCUGUUAAAAGCUUGUAAACAGGGCUCCUUUCCUGCCAGGAAGAUCUCCAGUGACACUCACUCAUUACAUCAUUCAACCCAGAGCACUCAACACACAAGAGUCAGUGUUCAGGUUUGCUUUGUAAAAAUAUGACUUGUUUUGUGGACUGAAAAUACAAAUAACCGAAGCUAUACAGUGAAACGAUGCAUCAAUUGAUAUCUUAGUAAUAUAUAAUUUUUAAUUUUAGGAAAGCUUACUAUCUGGCAGGCUACAAGGUGGGCCUUGCUUGUAACUUGUGAAACAGUGCCCCCGUGUGGCCUCCAAAUGAACAACAGCAGCUUCUACAGACUUUCUAGCAAAACCCAAAAGAACCAACUAGAAAAAAAAAACUGAACCAUUUUCAUUUCUUCUUCAUCUACUUCAUUUAGAUAUUGUCAUAUAAAUAUACCCCCCCUUUAAAAAAUAUACAAAAUAAAUCAAAAACUAAUAAUACCAUUAAAUAAAAAAAAAA